AUGCCAUUCACCGCUCAUUCUCUUGUGCUGUCCUUGGUAUCUCAAUAUAUAGGAAAGUUUGGUAGGCCUGGAUUCGGACGGAUGAUUCAAGGAAAGCUUGCCUGGCCAAUCUUUGAAUCUGUACCACUUUAUGCCUUUACAGUACCUUGUUUGUGGAAUGGACUUGAGCUUUCAAGUGUACAGUGGGUGCUUAUAACCAUGUGGAUAGUACAUUAUAUAAACAGAUCCAUUAUUUUUCCAUUAAGAGCUCCAUCCAUCUCACCCAUAUCCAUCUACGUCAUUUUUUCUGGAAUUGCUUACAAUCUCACCAACGGCUAUCUCAACGGUCGAUGGAUAGGCCACUUUGGUGCAGAAUCCCUCUCCCAUACCCAAAUCACUGACAUCCGAUUCUGUAUUGGUGUUGCAAUGUUCAUAUUCGGCAUGUACGUCAACAUCACAUGUGACAAUAUUCUUUUCGAUUUACGUCGAAGCAACAGUCGACGCGAGGCUGAUCAUAACAUAACUGGUGGUGAAGAGGGAACAGACAUACAGUCAAGAGGGUAUUAUGCGAUUCCGCUGCGUGGAUGGUUUGCAUUUGUAUCAUCUCCUCAUUAUCUCGGUGAGAUUAUUGAAUGGACUGGGUUCGCUAUUGCCGCACCAAGUCCAGCAAGUAUCUUGAUGUUGGUGUUCAGCUGUGUAAAUAUGGUAACGAGGGCUUUAAAAUGUCAUCAAUGGUAUAAAAAUAAGUUUGGCGAUCGGUAUCCUCGGAAUCGAAUGGCUAUUAUUCCUGGAAUUCUGUGA